GCCCGAGCUGCUGAAACCUGGCAUCCAUUGCACUGCUGUGAUUCGCUUUGUCCUGCACAUGUUCACGAACUGGGAGAAAAGUGACGACUUCCUUACAAGGCAUGUGGCCGCGAGGCGAAACCUUGGGACUCCCUUCCAAAGCUGGAACCCUCCCACCAGCGUCUCCAGCAACCGGCGAGGAGGAUCUCUCUCUCCCCCUCUCUCUCCCUCGAUAUUCCGGGCAGUUCGACUGUGGGGGGCGUCACUGCCCUAUUGCAGCAGCGUCUCUCCCGAGGUUGGGCGGGGAGUGGGCGGUGUCUUGAGACCCCCCCCCCCCCCAACGGGGCCGCGAUUUCACAUCCAGCCUCCGAGUGUAGGCUGCAAUGUUUUAGGGCAGGGGGGUUCGUGCAGGGUAAUUCUCGAUGUUUGGGAAAGUGCGGGGUGCCGGGGGCAGUGCGCUGCUCUCGGAGCGGGACAAGGCUCCUGUCCAGGCGGCAGCCCCGGAAUGUAACGUCGGCCUCUUGGGCUGCCCCGGCUCCGGCAAGUCUGCUCUCACUGUGAAAUUCCUCACGAAGAGGUUUAUAAGCGAGUACGAUCCUAACUUGGAGGAUACCUACACUACUGAAGAAAUUGUGGAUCAUCAGCCAGUCCUUUUAAAAAUAAUGGAUACAGCUGACCAGGAUAAACCAGUGAACUCUGAACGUUACCUGAACUGGGCAAAUGCAUUCAUUGUCGUCUACAGUAUUGAUAAUAGGAAGAGCUUUGAAGGGUGCGUGCAUUAUCUAAAUGUAAUUUCUAGUCACGCCAAAGGACUGCCACAUGAUUAUCCCAUCAUAUUGCUGGGAAAUAAACUGGACAUGGAGAGAUACAGGCAGGUAAGCAAGUCUGAUGGAUUGUCACUGGCAUCCAAGUAUAACUGUUCAUUUUAUGAAGUAUCUGCCUGUUUGGACUUUGAGUCAGUGCAGCAUGUGUUCCAUGAAUUGAUUCGUGAGGUGAGGCGAGAGACUGAACGUCACCUUCCAGUCAGACCUCUCUUUAUUUCCGAGGAGAAGCCUGUGUUGGGUACUGCCCACCCACCUGCCUUUGCUCAUGCUGUUAAACACCAUGCACCUAUAUUUGGAACACAGCGCCUGUCCACUGCAACCUACAAGGAAAUUCCCACCAUCACUUCAGCUAAGCUGGUCACUGUAAAGUCAGCAAGGGCACAAAGCAAGCGGAGAACUCCCACACUGACCUUACUUAAAGGAUUUAAAAUAUUUUAAUGUACUAAUCAUCACUCUGAAUUCCAAAGCUCAAUGUAUCCCUUUAAUCUAGUUAGAUCCAUAAUUCCUUUCACUGGCUAGUGACUGUGGAAUUAAAACUGUCAUAAAACUUUAUGAUGUAAAUCAAACCAACUGAACAACAAGGACCUCAUCUGGGAUCAAUGUGACCUUUGUUAAGGAUGUCUGGAUAUAGGAGAGAGUACAUAGACCACCAGCCGUUGCAAAUGACAACCUUUGUCUGUCUACCAUUGUUGGCUGCCAGCUGUAACAUCAUCUUUUAGGAACAAAAUGUCAGAGAAAUGUACUUGUUGCAGUGUUCACAGCCAAGGAAGGGAAAAAUAAGGUAUCUGUUCAGUAAUCUGAGAACUAUCACCACAAGAUAAUAUCACCCCCAAUACAUCGAAGAUGACAAUUUAAGCAUUCCUUUACAGCUCAUUUCCAAGGUUAGAAAUUAUUUAAAACAAGCCUUUCAAGAGCUAAAGAAGAACCAUUAUUCAAAAUGCUGUUUGUGCUUCAGCUGUUUGACUUAAAAAAAAGUUCAGUAGAUUUUACAUAUUUGAUAAUGAAGAGGAAUGCACAUAGACUCAAUAAAUGUACACAUGUAAUGCUUUCUGUAAUCUCUUAUCUGUCUGCUUAUAUGAUGUUUGUUGCAGAUGAUAAAAUGAAGCAUUUAAGAAAGGGG